UGGGCGGGUCUAUUUUGUGUCUCGGAUGAACAUCACAUCGCAUACCUGCAGCGGACUGAUCUGCCCCUAAGAGUGAGUAUUCAUUUUAUUUCUUCUUCUUCUGUUUUCUCUCUAUUUUCUUGUUGUAAAUCUUUUUGUUUAUGCUUUUCUCGCUGAAUGCGCGUGCCUGUGAGUACAUGCGAUGUGACGUCACUGUGCGGCAAAAGUAUUUCCUCUGCAGCAGAACCGGCGUGGGCGGGUCGGUGCCGACGGUCCUCCUUUGCUGGCUCUACUUUCCUGUGGACGCCCGCAGACAGCCUGACUUCCGAGUGAUGGACGUUCAUCAGGACCGUCUGCAACUACUUGCUGAGAAGAGGAAGUGGCAGGCUGAGAUGGAGAACAAGCAUCGUCAACUGGAGGAUGAAAAGAGAGCUCUGCAGCACCUGAAGUCGAAAGCUCUGAGGGAGCGUUGGCUGCUGGAAGGACCCCCAACUGCUGGACCAGAUCAUGACCAGGUCCGGAGUCAGCUAGAGGAGGACGAGGCCAAGACCAGGAACCUUGAGGAGUCAGUCAGAAGGUUGGAGCAGGAUCUCUUAAGUCUGGAAACUGGAUCUGUCAGUCAGCCCGUAACACACUGUGUUGUGAUGUCAGCUCCUGAUCCAGCUGUUCAGGUUAAAGGUCAAAGCAGAAUCCAACUGGGCGGAGCUAAGCCAUCAGGUCAGAUGAUCCAAGAGGCCAAAGUUCACAAAAGUCUUCAAGUCAGCAAAUCAAGAGAAGGACUGGGAGAGAUGAAGAAAGCGAUGUACUCAGUGGAAAUUAAAGUAGAGCGGGACCGAGUGACGGGGGAAACCCGGGUCUUGUCCACUAACACCAAACUUCCUGUUGACUUCUCCAAUCAAGGGGUCAAAGUGUAUGAAGAUGAGCAGAAAGUGGUCCAUGAGAUGAACGGCGAAGACGCUCAGCUGCUCAGUUCCUCUGAGGUUGAAGAUCUCAUCCACAAAGCUGACGAGGCCUCGAUAAUGUCUCAGUCUGUCACCACGGUAACCUCCCUGCCAACAGGAGAGGUCCUACGGGAGUUGGGCCUCACAUCAGAACCAGGUCCCGGGCCCACAUGGAGCCCUGCACCUAGCCACAUGCCAGUUGCCAUGCUGACUUCCACGCCGGCCCCACCUGUCGCUGCAGAGAUCACCGGGCUGGAGGCCAAAGUAGGUGGUGAACCGAGAGGGGCAGAGGCCAGUGCUGAAAACCCGGUCACCAUGGUGUUUAUGGGCUACCAGAAUGUGGAAGAUGAGGAUGAGACCAGGAAGGUUCUGGGGCUGCAUGGCACUGUUAAGGCAGAGCUGGUGCUAAUCGAUGAUGUUGACAGAAAGGUAGAUCCACUUCCUCCUGCCUCUGCUUCUGCGGCCCGCUCUGCUGCUCCUCCGACCUCCGCUGCCCAACCCACACCUGACAAACCUUCAGAAAUGAUAGUGGCGAGCAAUGGGGAGGCGGCGGUGGAGGGAAGGGCGAUAGUGGAGAAGAAGAAGAAGCCAUGUAAAUGCUGUAGCAUCAUGUGACCAUCAUGUGACCUGUCCGAAUGACUCAGAUUCUAACUCCACCCACUGCACAGUUCUUUGCCUUUAACAACAUGGCAUCACUUGCAGUUUCCUUCAUCAGGUUUACAAAAUCUUUUCAUUUCUACUCUUCUUUCACUUGAAUACGCCUCCUGUUUCCAACACAACUGAGCACAUUAGCAUGUUAGCUUUACCCUCCCCAGGUGUGUUUACCUGUAUGCUUGUUGUCCAUCUUCUAAAGGAGGAAAUAAAUUGGAGUUAACAUGAA